CAAUUGCACGUACAUAACUUCAUACUAUUCAUCGAUGAGAUUGUUUCUGUUUACUUGUAAACCAAUUCAGUGUUUCCUACCGACAGGAACAAGUAAUACACAGCCGUAAAUCUCUAGAAAUAUUACAAAGUGAAUUAUCAUCUAGUCGCACAAUGUUGAUAAAAUCAAGAGAAGAAAUUGUUAAACGAUCUCACAACGAAGAACAAUUGGAGAAAUCACUGCAAAAAUUAAAGCUCGAACUAGAGCAAGCAAAUGUACAUAAAACUGCAGCAGAAAUGGCCAGUAAAACAGCUAUCAGUAAUUAUCAAGAAUUGGAAGCACAGAUGGAAUCCUACAAAACAUCAAAUAUAACUAUACAAACCCGUCUACAUGAAGUAGGCAAGGAAUUGGACGAAACAAAAUUGAUUAAAUCGCAGUUAGAAGAAAGAUUAAGCAUUCUGACAGAACAAUUACAGUUAGCGCAAAAACAACUAGAGGAAAAACAAGCACAACUAAACCGCUCUGAUUCAAUUGUAAAUCGUAUGUCCAAAGAAUUUAAACGAACACAAAUAACAAUUGAAGAAAGUGCACAGAAAGUAAACAGUCUAUUUGGGCAAUUGAAAACAACUCAAGAAAAAUUGAAUGUAGCAAAUGAACAAUUAAGUGAAGUGGAAAGUAACAGAAAAAGUUUGCUAAAAGAAUUAGAAGAAUACCAAAGCUCUCACCAUACGCAUGAUAGCGAAGUUCAGUCAAUGGAAGUUCAGGUCAAUUAUCUGCUAAGUGAACUUGGACAAAUGAACGAUCGCUUGACAACAAAUCAAAAAGAACUGACUGAUUCACAAGCAGAAGUAGAUUCACUAAGAAAACGAAAUAAUGAGUCUACACUUGAAAUACAACAUUUAAACUCAAUGCUGAAUGAAAAACAAAUAAAAUUGGAUGAAUUAGGAAGACAAGUAAUCGAAAUGGAGAACCAACUAAGUUCAGCUGACCAGUAUACUCAAUCAUUAAGUUCAGCUAAUGAUGACUUAAUGAACGAAUUAAAAAACAGAACUAAUGAAAUAGAAAAAUUACAAAAUGAAAUCAAACAAAAUAUGACAGGAAUACAAAAUUCUGAAUUUAUGAUACAAGAAUUAGAAUUCAGUGUUCAACAAUUAACUAAGCAACUUGAACAAUCAGAACUUUUGCGAUCGGAAGCAGAAAAAGCCAGUAAUCAUGCUGUCAGUGAAUCAGCUGCCCUUAAAAUUGAACUAGCUAAAAAAGAUGAACGAAUUAUUAAUUUACAAAAUACUGGCGAUGCAAUUACACAAAAGUUAAAAUCACUUGAGCAGACAUCGAAUCAAACUGAACAAAUUAUCAAUAAAUAUAUUAACUCUGAGAUUGAAAAAGAUAGCACGAUUCAACGACUUCAGACGGAAUCGGAACACAUACGUCACCAGUUAAUUGAAAGCGAGACAGAACUACAAAGCAGGUCUUCACAAAUAAAAUCAUUAACGUGUGAAUUAGAAGCUGUGAAAGCAGACCUGGCAGACUGUACUCUGCACAGAAAUUCAGAAAAUCUUGCACGUAAACGUAUUGAGUUAGAAGUGGCGGAUCUUCGGGAAAUGAAACUAGCUUUUACAGAACAAAUUGAAAGACAAGAGCAAUUCAUUGAGCGGUUACAAUCUGAGCUUUCAAACGAACGUGAAAGAAACGAUUUUCUUAAUAAAAUUAAAACAGAUAAAGAAAGAGAACUUCAUAGUAUCACAAAUGAAGUGGACCAUCUACAUCAGCACAACAAAGAACUUUCUAGUCGUUUGCUAGAACGUGAAUCAGCUUUAGAUUCUAUGUCACGUGAAUUGGAAAUAUUUACUUCGAGACUAGAUACAACUUCAAAAAGUUUAACAGAAACUGAAGCAGAAUUAUUAGAAACAAAACAUAAAUACGAAUUAUCUGAAGCUAAAGCAAAUAAGCAAAAAGAUGAGUUGAAACAGUAUGAAAUAACUUUAUCGAGUUUGGAAUCACGAUUACUUGAAAGCGAAAGUCAACUAACGAAAUGCACUGGCCAAUAUAAUCAGUAUGAUUCAGUUGACCGAAUUCAGUGUUCACACCUAACGGAUUUAGUGAAAGAUCUUAAACAACAAAUAACAGAAUACAAAAAAGUUACCACAGUUUUAAGAACCGAAAGAGCUCAAUUACAAGAAACAGUCAAUCGUCUUGAAGGUGAAUUAGCUGCACGGUCAGAUGCAUUACGCAAAGCAACAGUCGAUAUUACACGUAUGAAAACGAAGCAUGAAACAGAAUUAAGAGAUAAAACAGAUCAUCUAAAUGAAUCACUUUACCAAAUGGAAAAUAAAUGGAAAGAAGCGUGUAAAACAAUUGAAAAGCUAGAGAAAGAAUACAAAGAUCAAGAAUUCAAACUUAUAGAAGCAUCAGCAAACAGUAGUGAUGAAAACAAACUAUUAAAACAGAAACUAGAUUCAAUAGAGUCAAAAAACCGCAUAAUGCACAAUGAACUUGAAACAGUUAAAUUAUCGAGAGAAAAUUUACAAAAUGAAUAUAAUCAUGUCAAGGAUGAACUAGAUAAAUUAAGACUUAAAAGUGAGAGUACUACAGUAAAAGUUUCGGCUGGUAUUCAAGCUGUUCAAAAGUUGGAAAAUGCCAGUACAAAUACGGAGAAUAUUGAAAAAAAUGAAAUGGAAUAUUUACCUAAACUUCAACUCUCAAGUAAUAGAUCUAAACAGUAUUCAGAACGAAAUAAAAUGCGUAACGCAUCACCUUAUGAAUCUGUGAAAUUUACUAAUCAUGAUUUAAACAGUUCCGAUAAUUCACCUGAUUCCAUCGAAUCAAGAGUGGAAGCACUUAAACAAGCUAAUCAUUAUUUAAGAAUGGAAGUCGAAAAUGCAUGUAAAAUGAUAAAUUCAAGUGUUUUAAAUAAGAAUAAAAUGGAAGAAGAAUUUCUGUCCAUGCCAAAAGUAAAGUAUCCAAAUUUAACUCAGUUUGAUCUUGGAAAUCAUAAACACAAAGUUGGAUUUUUCGAUGAAUCUGAUCACUGCAUAGAGUAUAGAGAUGAAAGUUUGGUUGAACAAGAAUCGAAAACUGUUUGGCUUGAACGAGCUGAAUCCAUUUCACAAAAAUUCCAUGAUAACAACAAUUACUGGUCAAAUAAAUUAGAAAAUAUUGAUAAACUAAAAAAUUCCGGUCGAGAUACUAUACAAAGCACAGAACAUCAAUCACACACAAUUAGAACAAAUACAAAUACUGACCGAAAAGUGAAGCCCACUCGUCUCAGUGAUUCCAACACUGGUGUUAACGGUAAUACUGGACGGAGUAAAUUAACAAAACUAGAACCAACAGACUACCAUGUGAAAUCUGGUGACAAAUUCGUUAAAAUUACAAGUAUGUCUAGAAUUAAUCAAGUCCCAAUUAAGCACAUAUCUACGUAUCGCAGUUCAAGAAUAAAAUAAUAAAAAUGUUGAGCCUUG